UAGCAAUACAAUUGGCUAUAAUGACAGUUCGGUAGGACAGCUAUGAUCGGAGUAUAAAUGGAAAAUAUCGAAAAACUAUCCCCUUUUAACCUAUAUUUCUUUCAAAGUGUUUAAUUGUGGCGUGUGCAGAGGACGAUGAUAUAUCAAUGGUCAUCUAGCUAUCAUUUAGGAUUGUAUUAUACGCAGCAAAUGAUUACAUCAGUAAACGUGGAUUAGUGAAUCGGAAAUCAUGGGUUUUCAUUAUAGGAAUGUUCAAACAAGAAUUCUUUAUACAUCAUCAAGUGUCAAAGCAUUCUGGUUGAUCAAAAUUGUCUUCUAUUUGUCGAUGUCUCCUAUAACUACCGAAAAAGUUGAUAAAGACUGGAAGAAUCUAAUGAAUCAAUAUUCCUCAAUUUGUGGCAGAGACGCUAUCUGUGAUCAAUCUUUGAUAGGAACCACCACCGACAGGAAAAGCAACGUUUCCUGUCCAAGUUGUAGCUGCGAUAGAAUGUGUCGGAUUCAUGGUAACUGUUGCCUUGAUAUAUCGUUCAACACAUGCGUGCAAACCUCGUUCGGUUCUGAAGGGAAACAAAAAUUUUACUUUAUGAAAAACGACUGCCUCCCAAGUGCUGAUAAACAACUUGUAAGGAAGUGUCAAGAAGCAAACGAGAAUAAGAAUUUCCUUCGAAGAAACCCUGUUACCUCGAAAUCAACUAAUAUGUCAUAUAACAAUGCUUACUGUGCUCAUUGUAAUAAUGAAUCUAUUUUUGUUCCUUGGGAUAUUGAAACGAAUUGUUCCAUUGGUCAAAACGUGUUUUCCACCAUUGAUGAGGUAUGGAAAUAUUUCCAAUCUAAGCAUUGCUCUUUAAGUUUCAUCCCUUCAAAUGAAAUUCGCCAGAAAUUAGAAGUCCCUAAAGUAUGUGACUGGAAUAAGCAUUUCAUCGGUGAGUGCAAUGCCACGGGAAAGCUAUCUUCAUUUGAUUCGACAGUUGAAACUGCUUGUAAGACAAACUAUCAGCCUUUUGGCUUGUUUCAAAAUCCCUUUUGCCUAAUGUGUAACAUUGCAGAUGACUUGUUUGGACCACCAAUAUCAACUUGUAAUGUCACGGGGCAGAUUGAUUAUAUUCCUCAGGAUUUAUAUGAUGCGUGUAUCAACGAUACUGUAGAAGCAUUACAAUAUCCAUAUAAAAACAAAUAUUGCAAAGAAUGUAAUUUAGUCAAAACAGGACGAACCGAUAUAAAGUUGCAAGACGCGACAUUGUCUAUUAAUAUUUACAACAGACCAAUGACAUCAAACAUGCAUGGGCAAUCAAUUCCUGGAAAACUCACUUAUGAAUCUGAGUUUAGGGUUAGCAAUGUAAAUUUUUCCUUUGACUCCUCGAUAUCAAUCCGUUUAUAUAACAUAAACAGUUUUUAUCAAGCAUAUACUGAAGAUUUCGGCUGGUUUUUAAAAAGGAAAUGGUGUCGAAGAGCCAGGUCCCAUAUUGAUGCCGAUGCAGAAUAUUCAGAUGAUAAACAUUCAUAUCUUCCUUGUUCAUGUACCUCUGAGUGCAACAAUACCAACAACUGUUGUGAAGAUCCAAAGUAUAAUAUAAUUAUGAAGCAAGUCAACAAAUGGUCAUGUGUGGAUGUAUCGUACCCGCCAAUUCCAGAUUUUCACCAGCAUUCUUAUUUCAUGAUAAGUAAAUGCUCAAAGGCUUACAAUAACACUGAAAUCAAGAAUCUUUGUGAAAAUGACAAUAAACAUUAUCUUAGUCUAAUUCCAGUCACAGAUAAAGAUACGUCGGUUACGUACAAAAAUUAUUUUUGUUUUCUUUGUGUUGUACCAGAUAGCAACUAUAUUCAAAACCACACAUACCUAGUGCCAUGGACAAUUUCCUUGGCAUGUCCCAAAAUUUGGAAUUUUAAACGUGAAGCCAGCUUGGAGCUUAUCAUACAAAACGUUGACUCUAGGAAUUGUCAGCUAAAUUUUCAGCCAUCCCUUUCUUUUCCACCCGAUUGUGUCUUUUCUGUAGCUGGAAGUCUGUACUGUUCACUAUGUGAUCAAGCAAGAACGACUGUAGGUGGAAGAUAUGAACUUACUAAUUAUCGUACAAUAUUCUCGUUAUUUGAAAACACAGAUGAGAUAGACUUAGAAAAACCUAAAGAUCCUAACGCAAAAUGUCAAGAUAAUGAAUUUUUCGACAUUUUCAAGGGAAAAUGUCGACAGCUUUUCUGUUUCCCUGGCAAAACCCUUGUGAAUGGGAAGUGUUAUCCACUGAUUUCAUUCCGAUCUCCUUUAAUUUACAACAUAGCCUUUAAAGCAAGUCUUCGAGUACACCAAGGCUAUAUGCAGAUGAACCUUGACCAAGUAAUUCAAACAAUGAUUUCCUUCUUGAUAGAGGAUCUUCACAAUGGAACCGAUCUAAGUGUUAACAUUUUGGAAUAUCGACAGCGCUACAGAAGAAUGUGUGAAGAUACAAUUAUGGUGCUUGAUUCAAAUCCACUAGAGCUCAGCAUCUUUAUCAAAAUAAUCAUACAAAGCAAGAAUAAUGUGAAAGAUCGAAAUGAAAUCGAACAAAGUCUUUAUAACGCUUGUACGAAGACUGGAUCCUUCCAAAACUUUUCGUUGGAAUUUUCAGAGGAUGUAAAAGCUUGGUUUCUACCAAUCCAAGAGAAAACAUUACCGUUCCUCCAAUUAUGUGAUACACACUAUCAGUCUUUUCGCCAAUACAGCAAUAACCCAGGUAUUGAUAUCACCAAGCUUUUGUUUUGUCCGCAACUGUCAUUAACAAACGAAGAGUGUCAGAUUUCGCAUGAUGGACUACAGGUAUAUGUUUCUUCUUUGAAUCGGACAUUCUUUUAUAAUGAAUUCUCCAGAGGUGAAAACAAUACGGUACGAAUAUGUGCCUCUGACUAUACACCUACGAAACAAUCUAAUCAAACUCAGUCAGGAUCUGGGGAACAUUCAGAACAUUUCUUUCUUGAAGUAUUGACAAUUCUAACAACUUGCAUAUCCAUUGUUUCUCUAGUUAUUACUUUCAUUGUCUAUUCCAUUCUCAAAAAGCUUCGCACUAUCCCAGGUCAAAAUUUAAUGUGUUUUGUAGGAUCACUGUUCUUUGCUCAACUAUUUUUACUCUUUAAAGGUGUGUUCGAAGAUAACAAGAUAGCAUGUAACGUGGUUGGGAUAUUCAUUUACUACUUUUGGCUUUCUACAUUUACAUGUGCGAGUGUUUGUUCUUUACAUAUGUUUCGUGUGUUUGUGUGUGAUGCUCGAUUUUAUGACAAAAAUCUUUGUAAUCAUACCAUCAUAUUAUACUCGCUUUAUGCAUUUCUGGUUCCUGUAUUAUGUAUUUGCCUAACCAUUGGAAUUCAUAUGCAUCUCUCGCAAUCUUCUCUGACAGGGUUUGGGGGAAGUUCUUGUUUUAUUGACGACAAGGACACCCAACUUUACAGCUUUAUUCUUCCCAUCUCCAUUAUUUGCUUCAUAAACUUUAUUUUGUUUUCUAUAACAUUUUAUAAAAUCCACAGUGCUCCUACUAUUGAAAAUACACAAUGUCGAAACGAUCUUAGAAUUUAUUUUAAGCUUUUUCUUCUGACUGGUACAGCAUGGGUUUUUCAGAUCAUAGAUGGACUGUUCCCUGUAUCACCCUUUUCAUACCUGGUAACAGUUAUAAAUGGCUCACAGGGGGUGUAUAUUAUGAUUUCUUUUGUCUUUACUCACCGCGUCAAACUCAUGUUUGUGGAGUUGGGUUGGUUUGAUAAACUGGGUCUUCGAAAUGGAAAGAAAUCACAGAGCAGUGGGGAGACAAAACUAACCCAUAGAAGUGCAGCACCAUCAGAGCUUGCUAGAAUUUAUCAACCAUGUUCAACUUAAUAAUUUGUACGAGGGGCGUUCAAUAAAUAAUGUGAUUGGGGCUCGGAAAGAAAAAAAAACGCUUUUCUAUGAUUUCGUCUGAAUGAUUUAACUGAAAUAUUCUCUUUUAAUUAAAACACGUUUCCAUAACAUUUUUAUUCAAUUUCUUAUUGUUUUAGAACAUUUAUUUUUGAGUAUGACCCUUCGUAUACUGGAAUAUGGCAGAUCCAAUGAUUUGCUGUAAAUGUUUUUUUUCCUUUCUGAUAGAUGUUAUCUAAGUAAGUUUGGGAAAUGAAACAGUCAAAGGUUGAAAGAUCUGGCAAAGUUUGUUGGUGUGACAAAACAUUAACUUUCUGUUUAUCCCAAAAACUCCUGUACUCUUCUUGGCCUGUGGGUUGGACGCUGUCAUGAAAAAUUUAAUGUAAUAAAUUCUUCAUUUUUGGUUCCUUCCUCUCACAAGUCUUUCAAUUGUUUUGCAAAAAAAUGUUUUCUAGACUCCUCCAGAAAUUGAACUUCCUCUCCGAAUAUGAAUUUGAACAAUAAAACCGCUAAUAUUUAAGAAAAUAGCAUUUAAAACUGUUUUUCUAUCAAUUUUGCUAUGUGUCUUAAAGUCAAUAAAACAUAAUCAGUGAUAAUUUGUUGAAUUUUCGCAAAUAUACAUUGGUUGUUGUAAGUCCUUGUUGCCAAGGACGGUACCCAUUUUUCAUGCCCAUUAUAUAAUUUUUGUUUAUUGAAAUCCACCUGUUCACGUGUCUAUUAAACGUACAUUGGUUAUUGUAAAUUUCAUAUAUUUCAGUUAAUAUAUUUUCGGCAUAUUCUUUCACAGCUGCUUUAAUGAAGCGUUUAAUUUUACUCUAGUUUACUGAUUCUUGACCAUUCAUUUUAAAUGCAGUGUCUUGGAUAGCCCUUGUUUUUCAGCUUUCCACAAUGAAAUAAUGCGAUGAAAAGUGGUCACACAAACUGUUAUUAAUUCAGUAAAGAUUCAAUAAUCAGAGAAAGCCAAGCUUAAUGUCAUAUGAUUUCUAUGUUGUAUGUCAUCGAGCUAAUGACAUUAUUUAUUGAACGUCCCUCGUAUUUGAAAAAAAAUGUAUCCAAAUUUGGAAUUCGACUCAUUAGCUUAUAGAGAUUGGUCCAUUAUACAUAAGAGGGGUUCUCAAAAAAUUCCUGGAGAGGAUCAUAUGACUUAAAACUCCUUGAGAUACAAGAAAACAUUUAUAACAUUUACUUGACAUUAUCUUUUUCUGUCCACAGCAUAAACUCUUAAGUAUGCAGCUCAUCUUUGAAUAGUUUAAAAGUUUUACGUAUAAAUUUCAAUAAAGUGAAACCUAAAAUUACCUAUUUCUCAUGACCAGGAAUUUGUUUGAUGAACUGUUAUAAAGUUAACACUAUUCUAAGGCACUCGCUUUAUUGCCUUAGUUUUUCUAGUUAGAUCUUACAAUAAAUUCGGUAAAGUGAUCUAAAAAAAAUUCUGGUGAAUGAAGCCAGAAUUGGGUUUGUUUUGGCUUUUUGUCACAAUGUAUAAUGUUUCUAUUGAAAUUUUAAUAUAGAAUUUGAGAAAUUAAAGAGGCCAGCAAAAGACAAAGACUUUUUUGUCUAACAUCCUUCUCGAUACUUUUUACUCAUAUGGCGGGCAUCUGGGUUCGAUCGCCGGUGGCCAGAUAGCUCAGUUA